GCUGUAGCCAAUCGCGUUUGGAGAAGUGUUUGCACCCGCCUCCGUGGUGCGCUCUCAUUGGCUGUUUAUAACGCGAACGAGGAAACGCGAGCCAAUAGAAACGCGAGCUCGGAUGCCGCGGCGCGAGCGCGCCCCCUUCUUCUUCUCUUCUUCCUUUCCCGGGUAACUUGGCUUUUCUCGCCUUCCAGCUCCGGUGCACGUCUUCCCCGGGCCCAGCGUUCUCUCUCCUCCUCUAUCUCUACACGGAUUUAUAGCGGAACACACGGACAGUAAUGUCGGACUACAGCUCGGUGCCGCCUUCCGGGGCCGGAGCAGCAGCACUGGGAGCCGCCGGGAUAAAGAAGGACGCGUUCGCGGAUGCGGUGCAGCGCGCGCGGCAGGUGAGAGAGAGAGCGCGCGAGCGGCCUGAAAAAAACACAAUUGCAGCUAAGAUCGGUGGAGAUGUUGCAGGCGGCCCUGUGAGCAAUAACGGUGGUGCCGAGGGGUAUCCUUUCUCAGCACAGAAACGAUCGCUGGAGGACGGAGGUAUAUUCACACAUAAUGAUCAGCCGGACAGUAAGAGGAUGGCUCCUCAGAGCGACCGGGACAACGCUACAGCUCUCUCUAUCAGUGCUCAGCUGGCUGCUCUCUCUCAGCAGAGUGGACGUCCUUCUGCUAUAACCGAGGAGUACAGAGUUCCUGACGGCAUGGUGGGCCUCAUCAUUGGUCGAGGAGGAGAGCAGAUCAAUAAGAUCCAGCAGGAGUCGGGGUGUAAGGUUCAGAUCGCGCCAGACAGCGGAGGUUUACCCGACAGAAGUGUCUCUCUCACCGGGUCUCAUGACUCCAUUCAGAAGGCCAAGAUGCUGUUAGAUGACAUCGUGUCACGGGGUCGGGGAACACCGCCCACCUCCUUCCACGAGGCCAACGGGAGUGGCCACAUGCAGGAGAUGAUCAUCCCGGCGGGAAAAGCCGGACUCGUCAUCGGCAAAGGAGGAGAAACCAUCAAACAGCUCCAGGAACGUGCUGGUGUGAAGAUGAUCUUGAUACAGGAUCCGUCUCAGGGACCGAACAUGGACAAACCCCUUCGCAUCAUUGGAGAUCCCUACAAAGUGCAGCAAGCGAGGGAGAUGGUGCAGGAGAUUCUGCGUGAGAGGGAUCAGUUUGGAGGAGACCGGAACGAAUAUGGCUCCCGCAUGGGAGGCGGUGGCGGAGGAGGUGGCGGCGGCGGAGGAGGUGGUGGAAUAGAGGUGCCUGUACCUCGUCACUCCGUGGGCGUGGUUAUUGGCCGAAGCGGUGAGAUGAUCAAAAAGAUUCAGAACGAUGCAGGAGUCAGGAUACAGUUCAAACCAGAUGACGGGAGUGGACCCGAUAAGAUCGCUCACAUCAUGGGGCCUCCUGACCGCUGUGAGCACGCAGCCGGCAUCAUCAACGAGCUCCUACAGAGUAUCCGGGUGCGAGAGGAGGGAGGAGGGGGACCCCCUGGUCCUCCUGGGACAGGUAUGCCUCCAGGUGGGCGUGGCAGGGGGCGUGGUCCAGGUAACUGGGGUCCCCCUGGAGGUGAGAUGACCUUCUCUAUCCCCGCCCACAAGUGCGGCCUGGUGAUUGGCCGAGGAGGCGAGAACGUGAAGUCGAUCAACCAGCAGACAGGCGCGUUCGUGGAGAUCUCGCGCCAGCCGCCGCCCAACGGAGACCCCAACUUCAAACUGUUCACCAUCCGGGGGAAUCCGCAGCAGAUCGACCACGCCAAGCAGCUCAUUGAGGACAAGAUAGAGGGUCCUCUGUGUCCUGUAGGUCCCGGUCCCGGUGGUCCCGGUCCAGCCGGCCCAAUGGGUCCAUACAACCCAAAUCCGUAUCAGCCCGGACCUCCAGGAGCCCCACCACAUGGAGGUCCUCCAGGUGCCCAUCAGUACCCCCCUCAGGGUUGGGGAAACGCCUACCAGCAGUGGCAGCCGCCUGCACCUCAUGACCCCAGUAAAGCUGCAGCGGAUCACAGUGCUGCCUGGGCAGCGUAUUAUGCGCAGUACUACCAGCAGCCUGGUGGAGGCGCUAUGCCCGGCCAGUCACCCAGCGCACAGCCCGCUGCUCCUGCCCCCACCGACCAGAACCAAGUGGCUCAGAACACAGGGCAGCCCGACUACACCAAGGCCUGGGAGGAGUACUACAAGAAAAUGGGUGAGACUCAGGCAGGAGGUGGCGCUGCUCCAGCAGCAGGUGGCGCUCCAGCAGCGACAGGAGCAGCAGGACAGACUGACUACAGCGCCGCCUGGGCCGAGUACUACAGACAGCAAGCAGCUUAUUACGGCCAAAACCCACAGAACCCUGGACAGCCUGCAGCCACGCAGCAGGGCCAACAGGCGCAGUAAACUUGGCCACACCCACUUCCUCACCAAGACUCCUGCCCCUUUUUGCUUUUUGGUCCCUCCUUCCUUUUUGGCCCCUCCUCUCCUCGUCACUUGUUGAUGAUCGCUAAUCCUCCCGCAGCUGACGAACGGACACGAACAAACACAACCUUGUAAAUGAUCCGUCUCUCCCCCCCCCCCCAUCUCUCUCUCUCUCUCUUUCUCUCUUCUUUUCUUGUAAUUUUUCUCCAAACUGAAAUGGACUAAAACCAAGCGUAGCUGACUUUUAUUUUAUUUGUCCUCCUCCCCUUCACCGCUUGUCCUCCUCAUCCUCUUAAAUGUGAUUAAUUAAAAUCCGUUGCCGCGGAAAUGAAAGGGAAUGCUUUUGAAUCAUUGCCAGCUAACCCGCCUCCCUUAAACGGACUCGCACUUCGUCUUUUUUUUUUUUGUUUGUUUCCCCCCCCUCCUCCAUUAAGGUGUUUAUACUGCAUCUAAAACUGUGUACAAAUCGUUCUCUUGUUUUGUUUUGUUUUUAGACUUUUUAAUUUUGUUUUAAAAAUGGAAAUCGGUUGAGUUUGGAACAUUCCCAGUGUGUAUGGUCCUCCUCCCCCCCAUUUGGAGCUAUUUUUAAGUGUUUCAGUGCUGCCCAGGUGUGUGCGUGUGUGUGUUUGCAUGGUGUGUGUGUGUUUGGUGUGAAUGGUCAUGUCUGACACACAUCUAUAUCUCCCCUCCUCCCAUUUUCCUCCCAGGUUCAUGAAGCUCUGAUGUUAUUGUUGUUAUUAUAUAGAGGUAUAUAUUGAACGCUUGGGUGGGGUUUUUUUUUUUGUUUUUUUUUUUUUUUUUUACUUUUUACCGCUUGUUUUUAAAACCUUCACAAUAAAAAAAAAAGAAAAGAAAAACGAAAUGCAGACCGUUUUUUUUCGUCUUGUUCACUUUGCUACCGAGUCAGCAGGGUGUACAAAAAUAUUUUGUUUAUAACGUGGAAUCGAUUCUCAUAAAUGUGAUCCGGUGUUUCACUCGAGAUUGUGUAAUCGAGGUUUUUUUUUUUUUUUUUUUUUUUUUUUUUUCUUUCUGUAACACGUUUCAAUAAAAAUCCAAAAGUCAUGAGUGAUGGAGUGCAGUUUUUGUCCAGCAGGAGGAGACGUGGCGCUGCUGAGCAGAUUAAAAGAAGAAAAAGAAAGGAAAAAAAAAAGUGGGUCACCAAUGUGCAGCCAAUCAGGACACGGAGAGGUGUGCACGUGUGUUAAACCAUAUUUAUACCUGUUUAUUUCGCCAAGAUGCUUCUUUUUUUUUUUUUGUUUAUUUUUGUCACUUAUUGUAAAGUAUGUAGAUUAUAGACACUUCUGUAUAGCAAAAACUAAUUGCUAAUUAGGUUCGGAGUUAACUCGGUGCCUGUGGUUUUACUUUGCUACUUCGUUUCAUCUAGAGGGGGGAAAAACAGGGUUAUAGUAGAUUUAAUAAAUAAAUUUCUCAUGAAAUUGUACGAAAUAUAAAUCCACCACUCAUCUUCCAGUUUCAGUUGAAAUAGCAGAGGGACCGCACACAAUGAAGAACUAAAGCGUAAAGAAUUCAGUGUUGUAUUGCAGUAGUGAACUCCAUUGUAAUGUUAUUUCAGGAGAUUUUCACAGCAAGGCCAGUUUUCUCUUUGAAAGAGUCUACUUGGAUUAUCAUGCUGUUAUAUUAUUAUAGUGCUGGGAUAAAAUGGUCUUAAAAUCACUAUCACAUCGCAAUUAUUUCUGGGGACAAUAUCUAGUCUGACAAAAUGACUAAAGUCCAUUGUUGUAAUAAAUAUAGAUUUACAGAGUGUCAUUGUUUGCUUGAGGUCCUACCUCACGACAGCCAAACCAUCCGGAUGGUUCCAAGACUCCUCGGCGUGUUUGCGCGCUGAUGUUUCGUUUCAUUGUUUGUUUUUGAUGCAAGUCACAAAAUGGCCUGCACUUGAUGGUCGCGCCAGAUGACAUUUUUGUUAAAAAAAAAAAAAUUCCUCACUGCACUAUGAAAUAACUAUAAACAUUAAUGCCUUGCAGUUUUGAUCACACACUUGUGUAAAGUGUGUGUGUGGGGGUUUUUUUUGUUCGUUCGUCUUUAAUAUUGUACUUUGUGUAUCCUUUUAACCCUCUUUCUUUGUUGGUUUAUUUCCUCCACAAAACACACCACUCACUCAAUUUUCUAACUGAAGCUUGUUUUUAAAUUCCGGUUGUUUCUCGAUCUUUAAUUUCCAAGUUGUGUGCUGUAUUAAUCAAAUAAAUAAAUAAACACGCUUUCAA